UGGGCUCGACAUGCUGCAGCUAUGCGGGGCGUCACACCACAUGCAGGGAGUACUGCCAGGCCAUCUUCAGGACAGACUCGACCCCCACUGUGUCCCAGAUCAACGCUGUCAAAGAGUACUGUCAGAGUCACAGCACUCAGCUGCUCGGCUGCGUCACCAACUUCACCAAGUCUUACCCCAUACGCAGCCCUAUAGACAGUCUGUACUGCUGUGACCGAGCAGAGGCCACGCACUGCCAGGUGGCAUGCCGGCGGAUCCUCCGCACCAUGAGCACGGAGCACGAGAUCAUGGAGGGUCUGAUCGAAGAGUGCGGCUCCCAGCCUCUCCCUCAGGAGCCCAUGUGGCAGUGCUUUCUAGGCAGCGCCCACCCUCCCUCCCCACCUGAAGAGGAGACCCCCCACCCCGCCAAGAUGGACUGUGCCAAGCUGCACUGCUGCUCCAAGGCCAACACGUCCCUCUGCAGGGACAUGUGUCAGGAGAUCAGCACUAACUGGGGCAGCCAGACUUGGCAGGACUUUGACCAGCUCUGUGAGUACAACCCGGUGGAGACGGAGCUCAUCAACUGCCUGGCUGAUGUCAGAGAGCCCUGUCAGCUGGGCUGCAAGGACCUCACCUACUGCACCAACUUCAACAACAG